CCUCUCAGCAGCUUGGGUCCAGGCUGACACAUGGAGCACUGAAAUCUGCUGGAUGAAAGCACUUGUUUCAUCCACCCAGGAAUGAUACACACUGAGGACAGAGACCCGGCCAGUACUAGCUCUGGCUAAAGCCUGCAGAACAUCGAGCCUUCUCUCUCCAUCCCUAAAUCCUUACAAACAUUUCUUCCAUCGUAUCCUUUGCUAAGUCCAGCAAAACAUUAUUCUACUAAUAAGACGCGUCCCAAUAGCUCUGCCUCUUUUACCCAUGCAGAGCUUUGCUCUGCAAACUCCUUGUAAGAGUCUUGUAGGCUAUUGCACUUCUGUGAUCACAUCAGUGUUCCCGGGGCCAAUGGUCAAAAGAAGAAAAGAAUUGAUUGUAUCUCUCAAGCAGUCUUAUAUUGAAGACUUUUAAGACGUCUAGAGGGAAACUGUCAUCACUGCAAGUCUCCCUUUGUGCCACUUAAUACUAUUCCAAUUUGCAAACUUCAUCUCUUUCACCCUGAUCGGUGCCUGAUAAAGUGCACCCAGACUCAACGCAGGUGUGACCGGGCAUCCCAGGUAACCUUCAUGCCAAGCCACUCAUCCAACACAUGGAAUCCUUCUGCUUCAUCUGCUUCCAUCGCAAGGCUCUGCAGCAGCUUCCCAGCACAAGUGUGAGUAUGAGUGCUGGGUCGGUGGAUCAGGAACCGUCUCGGAAGCUUGGCUGCUGUGGUGUACCGGUGAUCACGGAAGACAUGCAGGCACUCGCCAUCCGCAGCCUGUCCGGGAGCGAGGUGCAGAAGCACUAUGAGCUGAUUCGGGAACUGGGAAAGGGAACAUAUGGACGGGUGGAGCUGGUAUCCCACAAGAGCACAGGUAACAAGAUGGCUUUGAAGUUUGUGAACAAAAACAAGACGAAACUGAAGAGCUUCUUGCGGGAGUUCAGCGUGACCAGUGCUCUGUCCUGCAGCCCUUUCAUUAUCAGAGCUUUUCAUGUGCUGUUCCAAACAGAGGAGUGUUAUGUAUUCGCUCAGGAAUACGCUCCCGCCGGGGACCUCUUUGAUAUUAUUCCACCACAGGUGGGUCUACCGGAAGACAUGGUCAAACGGUGUGUGCAACAACUGGGCUUGGCUCUAGACUUUAUGCACAGCAAGAGCCUGGUUCAUCGUGACAUUAAACCAGAAAAUGUCCUUCUCUUUGACCGUGAGUGUCGGCGGGUUAAGCUGGCAGACUUUGGUAUGACUCGUAAGGUGGGCUGCCGUGUGAAAAGAGUGAGCGGCACGAUCCCCUAUACGGCACCAGAAGUGUGCCAAGCUGGCCGCUCUGAAGGCUUUCCAGUAGAGACAAGCUUGGACGUCUGGGCAUUUGGAGUGCUUAUAUUCUGUGUACUCACUGGCAACUUUCCCUGGGAAUCUGCCUCACCGGGAGAUGCCUUCUUUGAGGAGUUUGUACAUUGGCAGAAAGGCCGCCUGCCUGGACUCCCUUCCCAGUGGCGCCGUUUUUCAGACAAUGCGCUACGAAUGUUUCAACGCCUUCUUUCUUUAGAAUCAGAAAAAAGGAGCCCCGUUAAGGAGGUCUUCUUUUACAUCAAGUAUGACCUGCUCUCAGAAGCUAGGCGUAGACCUUCUUACCGAUCUCGCAAGCAAGCAGGAGAAAAGAUACCACAGGUGCCCCAGCGUCAUGACAACCCCACUCCUCUCAAGAGGACAAUACUUACCGAGGGUGGCUCCUCACCACGUGUCCCACACUCUCUACCAGAACCUGGACAGCCACCUGCUGGUGCUGGCAGGACAGAAGGGAGGCAGGACAAGAGCAAAGCUCAGAUGCUGCUAGCAACCGCUAUUGAGAUAUGUGUGUAAUACGGGGUCCCACUCAGAUUCUGCUUCAUUGGACAGUGAUGUCAUUGUCUCCAGUUAAGGUCACCUCCUGGCUUAAGACAUAAAACGGGUUUGACCUCUUAGCAUUUAAUGGUCAUCUCAUCAGCCUACAAGCAAAAAAAAAUAAAAUAAAAAAAUGUUGAUGUGAGAAUGGCUUGAUGAGAGGAAGAACUGAUGUUUUAUGGAUUUUAAAUGGAUGGAAGAGGAUAAAGACGCUUUUUGUACACAAAUUGGAAGGAUUGUUAGAGUAGUGACUUUGUGGUGUUUCUCCCUCUGUAGGACCAGAAACCCCAUGGGUUAUGUGGUAAGGGUGACCAAAGUGUCAGACUGGUAUAGGGCAGGCAGUGCUAAUCCAAGCUUUCCCUCUGAUUUUCUACACAACCAAACAAUACAAUAGCAGUGCAAUCACACAUACUCUCACACCCAGUGACUUCAUGCAGGAGGACAAGAGAAGACAGUCCUACAGCACCUGACUGACCUCUAGCUAUCCAGCCAGACACUAUAGUAAAUUGGCGCACAGGGCAAUAAUCACCGUGGGAGAUGUGAAAACCGGUGCAGAGAUAACUGUGCAAAGAAAGCUCACAGCAUCCAAUUAGACGUCUGCUUUUAUUUUCUAGGGUAAAUAAAGGAUAAAUAUAAUGUCACUGAUUGCUGUGGGUUACUUAGGGGUCUAUUCAUGAAGCAGUGAAAAGAGUGGAGAAGUGAGCGUGUGAAGAAGUAGCCCAUGGAAACCAAUCAGCUGCUCCGUACAAUUGUAUAGUAUGCAAAUUAUAAAUGUUACUUCAAUGCUGAUUGGUUGCCAUGGGCAACUUCUCCACUGGCUCACUUCUCCACGCUUUUCACUGUUUCAUGAAUAGACCAGUUAUUUCGUUUUGCAGUUACCUUUGCACCAGUUUUAAAAACUGUCGCUCAUUACAACUCAUCCCAUUUUUUUUUGUUUUUGCUUUUCAACCCUCCAGAAAAAUAAGGGCUUGCAUUCAUUUAUAGCACAUCCAGGAGGCUUUACGGCCGACGAUGUACCAGGGUAAACUCUUUAUAGAAAAGUCUAGAUCGUGGACCUUUAAAACGACUGUUUCAUUUUGAAUAUGGCACCUCUUACGUCCCCCGAAAACAUAUCAAAUUUUUUAUUGAUUUUUUACAUUGUGAAUGAUACGUGUGUUUUAAGUUGACAGUAGAUACACUUUAAUGUCCCUGUGAGAAUCUAAAAUGAGAACCUUUAAAUGUGGAGUUGUGUUACUUUGCAAAGGUAGAAAGCAGUGGGGGCAAAUGGAAAACUGGUUUUAUGUUAUUUUGGUAACAUAAAUAAUAUCUCAUGGGUUCUCCUAUUUUUAGCACAAGAGAUUGGCAAUUUCACCACCACAAUGUCAGGCGCGCACUGAUUCGCUAACAUUCUGUCAGCUCAUAUAAUAAAUUGUGAAAGUGGCACUUAUUGGCUGAGACAGUUUCCAUAGAAACACAUAACCUGCCAUAAGCAAUGGGUUGCUAUGGAAUACUCACAUAGACAAAGUCCAAUAUGAGAGACCUUUUGUAGUUCUUCAAAAACCUCCUUCGAAUAUUGUUGUUUUUAUUGUUUAAUCACAUACGUAAAAAGAAACCAAAACUCAGUUUGCGUCACUUGUAGAAAGUCUGCAUACGAAACAAUGAGGGACAUUGCUGAGAACGAAUGCCCAGUACAGGGAUUCAGGGGUCUAUUCAUGAAGCAGUGAAAAGAGUGGAGAAGUGAGCCUGUGGAGAAGUUGCCCAUGGCAUUGGCAACCAAUCAGCUGCUCCGUACAAUUGUAUAGUAUGCAAAUUCUAAAUGUUACUUCAAUACUGAUUGGUUGCCAUGGGCAACUUCUACACUGGCUAACUUCACCCUUUUCACUGCUUUUUGAAUAGACCCCUCAGUUACUAAUAGCAACCAAUCUCGUUCUGUCAUUUCCUAGUGCAGAUUAGAAAAUGAAAGCAUCUGAUUGGUUAUUAUGAUUACAGCACGUUUCCCCGGGGAACCAGUUUUAAUGCAUGUUCCAUACUGUUUGUUUAGCCAUGAGGCAAAUAUGCAUAAAGUGGCUUAUUCAGGUAUGUACCCAGCUACUCUGCUGUCAGAGAUGGCUGCUAAAAUGGUGCCCUUCUUAUCCCUCGCUCAAUAUCAACAUAUUGCUGCCCCAAGAUGCUGAUGCCUCAUUACAGGCAUACCUCUCAUUCCAGCAGAACCAGAGUAUUUGAUCUUACAUGUAUUGAUAUGUCCUGGUUGAACUUUGUGAUUCGCUCCUGAUAAAUAAGGGAUGACAUUCCUUUCCUACUCUCUAAUUUGACUGUGGUCAAUGUUGAAUGGCCUUCCAGCUUAAAAUCAGACUAGUUUAGGUCAGGCUGACGCCUGUAAAGGGUUCCCUCCUGCUGGACGCGAAUAUAGCAAUACAAAGCCGUCAUAUCUGUCAACAAUCACUAAUUUCCAGGGACACUAACAAGUUUUAAAGUUUUGACCCUGAAAAAGUUAGUAUGUGUUUGUCUUAUUAGAGAUCCCAAAAUUGACAUUUUAUACAAGGCCGGUAAAUAUAUCUUGAUGGGGGUUGUAGUACAUAUAUGCGACUAUAGACGAUAUCUUGCUGGAUGGGCUUCGAUGCAUCUGCUGGGCAGCAGUGUCCAUGGCAAUUAUUAAUACGUUGACAGCUAUGUGCCUUGACAGUUUAUUUUCCAGAGAACCGGUUCUAGUGGGUGUACGCACAGUAAUCCUCUCCCCAUCCCAACAACUGCCUAUGCAGAACACAUGUAGCAAGUAUACUGUUGUGUUUGGCACGUCACCUCAUUUUGUGUAGGAUUAAAUAUUGUUUAUCCUCUGGUAUUCAAUUUUCUGUGAAAAGGCCAAUGCUAGUUGAUUGUCGUUCCUGCUAUGUGGAUUUAAAGUGGAUCAUACUGUACACACAGUGGAAGAAUCAAAUCGCAUAAGCGGAAUUUAUAUUAAGCCUAUCAAUUCGCUUUUGAGCUGGUGACAUCACUGAGGCAUGGGGCAUUAAGUGUCUCAUUGAUGUCACUAGUGAAUGGAUUGGUGAAUUGGUUCAACCCACAUAAUGGUGUUUCAGUGUUGGGUCCACUUUAAUUGCUAGUGGCACCAGCUUUGGAUCCUUUAUGUUGUGUAGCACCUAAUAAAACACCAAGCUGGUUAAUGAGCGCUUCUUCAGAUUGUCCGCGUCAUAAAGAGCAACCUCGCUUAUAUAGGUAAACAGGGCCACCAGAUGGACUUCUGGGCCCUGGUAUGUGGGGGCUGUGCCAAGCAUGUGGAGGAGUGGCUGUGCCCCAUGUGAUUGCCAGGUCCCCAGUGCAGAUGCUAAACUUUUCUGAAGGCCUAGCCGCACCUUUUUGGUACUUUCUACCCACCCUCUUAGCCUCUUACUGCCCCUUUACAUAAACUAAAUCAGUGACCUAAUUCAAACUGGCUUUCAGAUUUUCUGGUAAUACAAGCAGUAGAUGCUCUCAUACGAAGAUUUUGCAAACUGUAUUUUCCAAGCUCUCUCUCUAUUCAGGGGCUUUCUAUCACGGCCUCAGUAUAUACAAACUAUGUUAAGGGCUACAGUAGCAGCAGUGUCAUAACUUCACAUGGAAUACCAGUGCCCGUCACAGAAAAGAAGUGUAAAAAUCAGAAAGCCGGCUUGUGGCUUAGCACCCUCUAUCAAUACACUGGAGCUAGGUCAAAAUAGAUAAUCAUUUAUAAAUGUCUACUGGUGAAAAUGUGUUUACGUCUUUGGAAAUACUCAGCUACAGCACAAUCUUCUUUUCUUCUGUCUCUCCCUGGUUUUAGGGCCUAUAUACAGUACUGAGUUUCCAUGUUUUCCUCUUGCGUAAGACCCUGUAUAUUCAAAACCAAGUGGAUAGACCAUUUAGUAGCAUACUCCCCCUUUUGCCUUAGACGUGUUCAAUGUUCACAAUAUUAGUGCAAUAAUGUAGAUAAGGUGACGAUUGAUCAACUUUUUAACUUAAGUGUAGAGUAUUUCUGAAUCCAGGUUAGGGCUAGCUUAGAAAAGUUACCUCAGUUUAGCUGACCUGUUAAAAAAUAUAUAUAUACAAUUAUGUAUAGAGAUAGAAAAGCAUAUUCGUAAAUGUGUAUUGUUGUUAUAUUGUGAAUGCAAUGCCUUUUGUUCCACACUCCUCUAGUAAACAGAUUUUGCACUAA